GUGGUUUCUCCUCCCCCUCAGUCCCGUGCCGGGCGGAUCACGAUGGAUGCCGCUCGCUGCCUCCCGCUCCCGGGCUCGCGUCGCCACCGCCUCGCUGCCUUCCCGCGGGACUAAGGAGGGAGGAGGCGGCUCCGGCGAGGAGCGUCCGGGGCGCUGGGGUGAAGACUGCAAAAAUCCGAGUCUGACUGGAGGGAAAGUUUCACUGUACUCAGGCUAUCCUGGCUUGAACACUUAAAGGAUUUUUUGGUACUUUUUAAUUCGAGCCAAGGCGGCUUUUUAAAACCAUGGCAGAUGUGGACCCAGACACAUUGCUUGAAUGGCUUCAGAUGGGGCAGGGGGAUGAAAGGGAUAUGCAACUAAUAGCUUUGGAACAGUUAUGCAUGCUGCUUUUGAUGUCAGACAAUGUGGAUCGUUGUUUUGAAACGUGCCCUCCUCGUACUUUCUUACCAGCACUCUGCAAGAUUUUCCUUGAUGAAAGUGCGCCAGACAAUGUGUUAGAGGUAACAGCUCGUGCCAUAACUUAUUACCUGGAUGUAUCAGCAGAAUGCACCCGUAGGAUUGUGGGAGUAGAUGGAGCUAUCAAAGCACUUUGUAAUCGUUUAGUUGUUGUUGAACUUAACAACAGAACCAGCAGAGACUUGGCUGAGCAGUGUGUAAAGGUGUUAGAACUAAUCUGUACCCGUGAAUCAGGAGCUGUGUUUGAGGCCGGUGGGUUGAACUGUGUGCUGACAUUUAUUCGUGAUAGCGGGCACCUAGUUCAUAAAGAUACUUUACAUUCUGCUAUGGCAGUAGUAUCCAGACUUUGUGGCAAAAUGGAACCUCAGGAUUCUUCAUUAGAAAUCUGUGUGGAAUCCCUGUCUAGUUUAUUAAAACAUGAAGACCAUCAGGUUUCAGAUGGAGCGCUUAGAUGUUUUGCUUCAUUAGCUGACAGAUUUACACGUCGUGGAGUUGAUCCAGCCCCAUUAGCCAAACAUGGACUAACUGAGGAGUUGUUAUCACGCAUGGCAGCAGCUGGUGGUAUAGCAUCAGGACCAUCUUCAGCUUGCAAACCGGGUCGGAGCAGCACUGGAGCACCAUCUACAGCUGCAGACUCUAAAUUGAGUAAUCAGGUGUCAACUAUUGUGAGUCUGUUGUCAACCCUCUGUAGAGGCUCUCCAGUAGUAACACAUGAUCUCCUAAGAUCUGAACUUCCAGAUUCUAUAGAAAGUGCAUUACAGGGUGAUGAAAGAUGUGUACUGGAUACCAUGCGUUUAGUAGAUCUUCUUUUGGUGCUACUGUUUGAAGGGCGAAAGGCCCUGCCAAAGUCUAAUGCUGGAUCUACAGGCAGAAUCCCGGGGUUACGUAGACUGGAUAGUUCUGGGGAACGGUCUCAUCGGCAGCUGAUAGACUGCAUCCGCAGUAAAGAUACUGAUGCACUAAUAGAUGCUAUUGACACAGGAGCUUUUGAAGUAAAUUUUAUGGAUGAUGUAGGACAAACUCUUUUAAACUGGGCAUCAGCUUUUGGAACUCAGGAAAUGGUGGAAUUUCUCUGUGAAAGGGGUGCUGAUGUUAACAGAGGUCAGAGGUCGUCGUCAUUACAUUAUGCAGCAUGUUUUGGAAGGCCGCAAGUGGCAAAGACCCUCCUGAGACAUGGUGCGAACCCUGAUUUGAGAGAUGAAGAUGGGAAAACUCCUUUAGACAAAGCUCGUGAAAGGGGGCACAGUGAAGUGGUGGCUAUUCUUCAGUCUCCAGGUGACUGGAUGUGUCCAGUUAAUAAAGGAGAUGAAAAGAAAAAGAAAGAUGCAAACAAAGAUGAAGAAGAAUGUAAUGAACCCAAAGGAGAUCCAGAAAUGGCACCUAUAUACUUGAAAAGACUAUUGCCUGUUUUUGCACAAACAUUUCAACAAACUAUGCUACCUUCCAUAAGUGGUAUAGCAUUACAUCACCUAGAGGAAAAUCACCAGAAGGAGGAUGAACCCCAAGAGGAUGCUAAAGAACUGCAGCAGGGUAAACCAUAUCACUGGAGAGAGUGGUCCAUCAUUAGGGGAAGGGACUGCUUGUAUAUCUGGAGUGAUGCAGCAGCCCUGGAACUGUCUAAUGGUAGUAAUGGAUGGUUCAGAUUUAUCUUGGAUGGAAAACUGGCAACAAUGUAUUCAAGUGGGAGUCCUGAAGGAGGAUCAGAUAGUUCAGAAAGUAGAAGUGAAUUCUUAGAGAAGUUACAAAGAGCUCGAAGCCAAGUAAAGCCAUCCACCACAAGUCAGCCAAUUUUAUCAGCACCUGGGCCCACUAAACUUACUGUGGGAAAUUGGUCACUCACCUGUUUGAAGGAAGGAGAAAUUGCUAUCCACAAUUCAGAUGGUCAGCAAGCUACAAUAUUAAAAGAAGAUCUACCAGGCUUUGUUUUUGAGUCCAACAGGGGAACUAAACAUUCAUUUACUGCUGAAACCUCUUUGGGAUCAGAGUUUGUGACUGGCUGGACUGGCAAAAGAGGUAGAAAACUGAAAUCCAAGUUAGAGAAAACAAAGCAAAAGGUACGAACUAUGGCCAGAGAUUUAUAUGAUGAUCAUUUUAAAGCUGUUGAAAGCAUGCCUCGAGGAGUAGUUGUAACAUUGAGGAACAUAGCAACCCAGUUAGAAUCUUCUUGGGAACUUCAUACAAACAGACAGUGCAUUGAGGGAGAAAAUACUUGGAGAGAUUUAAUGAAGACUGCUUUAGAAAACUUAAUUGUGCUGUUGAAGGAUGAAAACACUAUCUCACCAUAUGAAAUGUGCAGUAGUGGCUUAGUGCAGGCACUUCUUACUGUUUUAAAUAAUAAUGUGGAUUUAGAUGUGAAACAAGAUUGUAGCCAACUAGUAGAGAGAAUAAAUGUGUUCAAAACAGCAUUCAGUGAAAAUGAAGAUGAUGAAAGUCGUCCAGCAGUUGCAUUAAUUCGGAAAUUGAUAGCAGUGUUAGAAUCUAUUGAACGUCUACCUCUCUACUUGUAUGAUACACCAGGAUCUACAUAUAAUUUGCAGAUAUUAACAAGAAGAUUGAGGUUUCGUUUGGAACGUGCUUCUGGGGAGACUUCUUUGAUAGAUCGAACUGGCAGAAUGUUGAAAAUGGAGCCUUUGGCAACAGUUGAAUCCUUAGAACAAUACCUCCUGAAAAUGGUAGCAAAGCAGUGGUAUGACUUUGACAGGGCUUCAUUUGUUUUUGUACGGAAACUACGUGAAGGCCAAACAUUUGUAUUCAGGCACCAGCAUGACUUUGAUGAAAAUGGAAUUAUUUACUGGAUUGGGACAAAUGCAAAAACUGCAUAUGAGUGGGUCAAUCCUGCAGCCUAUGGGUUAGUAGUGGUUACAUCUUCAGAAGGAAGAAAUCUGCCUUAUGGGCGUUUGGAAGACAUCUUAAGCCGUGAGAGUUCAGCUCUGAAUUGUCAUACUAACGAUGAUAAGAAUGCUUGGUUUGCCAUAGAUCUUGGUCUUUGGGUAAUACCAUCGGCUUAUACGCUACGCCAUGCUCGUGGUUAUGGAAGAUCUGCACUCAGAAAUUGGGUUUUCCAGGUAUCCAAGGAUGGACAGAACUGGACUACUUUGUAUACCCAUGUUGAUGACUGUAGUCUCAGCGAACCAGGUUCUACAGCAACUUGGCCUGUAGAUCCACCAAAGGAUGAGAAGCAAGGAUGGAGACAUAUAAGAAUAAAACAGAUGGGAAAGAAUGCCAGUGGGCAAACACACUACCUCUCCCUGUCUGGUUUUGAACUUUAUGGUACUGUGAAUGGAGUGUGUGAAGAUCAGUUAGGAAAAGCAGCUAAGGAGGCAGAAGCUAAUCUGCGGAGGCAGAGGCGACUAGUUCGCUCUCAAGUUUUGAAGUACAUGGUUCCUGGUGCUCGUGUAAUCAGAGGAAUUGACUGGAAGUGGCGAGAUCAGGAUGGCAGUCCACAGGGUGAAGGCACUGUUACAGGAGAAUUGCACAAUGGCUGGAUUGAUGUCACCUGGGAUGCUGGUGGCUCUAACUCUUACCGUAUGGGCGCAGAAGGAAAGUUUGACCUCAAGCUUGCACCAGGGUACGACCCUGAUUCAGCGGCAUCACCCAAACCUGUUUCAUCCACUGUUUCAGGCACAACGCAGUCAUGGAGCAGCUUGGUGAAAAACAACUGUCCAGACAAGACGACUGCUGCUGCAGGCUCCUCAAGUAGAAAAGGAAGCAGCAGUUCUGUGUGUAGCGUGGCCAGUAGCAGCGACAUCAGCUUGGGUUCGACCAAAAUGGAGCGGAGAUCAGAGAGUGUAAUGGAACAGAAUAUAGUUUCAGGCACUGACGUCCACGAGCCAAUUGUUGUUCUGUCUUCUGCUGAUAACAUGCCUCAAGCUGAAGUAGGGUCAUCAUCCAGUGCAAGCACCAGCACCUUAACAGCGGACAUGGGAAAUGAAAAUGCAGAAAGGAAGUUAGGUCCUGACAAUUCCAUACGUACUCCUGGGGAGUCUAGUGCCAUAUCCAUGGGAAUUGUUAGUGUGAGCUCUCCUGAUGUUAGUUCAGUAUCUGAAUUGACCAAUAAAGAAGCAGCUUCCCAACGACCCCUUAGCUCUUCAGCAAGUAACAGACUUUCAGUGAGUUCUUUGUUGGCUGCUGGUGCUCCAAUGAGCUCCAGUGCAAGUGUUCCUAAUUUAUCUUCACGUGAAACUUCUAGCUUGGAGUCUUUUGUACGAAGAGUGGCAAACAUAGCACGUACCAAUGCCACUAACAACAUGAAUUUAAGCCGAAGUAGCAGUGAUAACAACACUAAUACUUUGGGAAGGAAUGUCAUGAGCACCGCAACUUCUCCUCUUAUGGGUGCCCAAAGUUUUCCUAAUCUGACUACAACUGGUACCACAUCAACAGUGACCAUGUCUACAUCCAGUGUUACUAGCAGCAGCAAUGUAGCUACAGCAACUACAGUUUUAUCUGUUGGUCAGUCACUUAGUAACACUCUAACUACUAGCCUAACAUCAACAUCUAGUGAGAGCGAUACAGGUCAGGAGGCAGAAUAUUCUUUAUAUGAUUUUCUUGAUAGCUGCCGGGCAAGUACUCUAUUAGCAGAGUUAGAGGAUGAUGAGGAUCUGCCUGAGCCAGAUGAGGAAGAUGAUGAAAAUGAAGAUGACAAUCAAGAAGAUCAGGAAUACGAAGAAGUUAUGGAAGAGGAGGAGUAUGAAACUAAAGGUGGACGCAGAAGAACGUGGGAUGAUGACUAUGUAUUGAAACGUCAGUUUUCUGCUUUGGUUCCUGCUUUUGACCCAAGACCUGGCCGUACUAAUGUCCAACAGACAACUGAUCUAGAAAUCCCUCCACCAGGUACGCCCCACUCAGAACUCCUGGAAGAAGUUGAAUGUAUGCCAUCACCUCGUUUAGCUCUGACCUUGAAAGUUACAGGUCUUGGUACAACUCGGGAAGUAGAGUUACCCCUAACAAAUUUCCGAUCUACAAUCUUUUACUAUGUACAGAAAUUACUGCAGUUUUCCUGUAAUGGCAAUGUGAAAUCUGAUAAACUUAGACGUAUUUGGGAGCCAACAUACACAAUCAUGUACAGAGAAAUGAAGGAUUCUGAUAAAGAGAAAGAGAGUGGAAAAAUGGGUUGCUGGUCAAUAGAGCAUGUGGAACAGUACCUUGGCACUGAUGAAUUACCAAAGAAUGACUUGAUAACCUACCUGCAGAAGAAUGCAGACUCAGCUUUCCUGCGUCACUGGAAAUUAACCGGCACUAAUAAAAGUAUUAGGAAAAACAGAAAUUGUUCUCAGCUCAUAGCUGCAUACAAGGAUUUUUGUGAGCAUGGAUCCAAGUCUGGAUUGAGCCAGGGAGCCAUUUCCACUCUUCAGAACUCUGACAUUCUUAGUUUGGCAAGAGAACAACCUCAGGCCAAAGCUGGUAGUGGGCAGAAUUCCUGUGGUGUGGAAGAUGUUUUACAGUUACUCCGCAUUCUGUAUAUAGUUGCAAGUGACCCUUACUCAACACGAACUUCUCAAGAAGAAGGAGAUGAGCAGCUUCAGUUUAAUUUUCCACCAGAUGAAUUCACAAGCAAAAAAAUCACUACAAAAAUUCUGCAACAGAUUGAGGAACCAUUGGCACUAGCAAGUGGCGCUUUGCCAGAUUGGUGUGAACAGUUAACUAGCAAGUGUCCAUUUUUAAUACCAUUUGAAACUAGACAGCUGUAUUUCACUUGCACAGCAUUUGGAGCAUCAAGAGCAAUCGUAUGGCUACAGAACAGACGUGAGGCCACUGUUGAACGGACAAGGACCACAAGUACAGUGCGACGGGAUGAUCCAGGAGAAUUCAGAGUUGGACGCCUGAAACAUGAGAGAGUGAAAGUUCCACGAGGUGAAUCCCUGAUGGAAUGGGCUGAAAAUAUCAUGCAGAUUCAUGCAGACCGAAAGUCUGUUCUAGAGGUGGAGUUUUUAGGAGAAGAAGGAACAGGCCUGGGGCCUACAUUGGAGUUCUAUGCACUGGUGGCAGCAGAAUUCCAGAGGACAGAACUGGGAACUUGGCUUUGUGAUGACGAUUUUCCAGAUGAUGAAUCACGUCAGGUUGAUAUUGGAGGUGGAUUAAAACCCCCUGGAUACUAUGUACAGAGAUCAUGUGGACUUUUCACAGCACCAUUCCCACAGGAUAGUGAUGAACUUGAAAGAAUAACCAAACUCUUUCAUUUCCUUGGAAUUUUUUUGGCUAAAUGCAUUCAGGAUAACAGACUGGUGGAUUUGCCUAUUUCUAAACCUUUCUUUAAACUCAUGUGUAUGGGUGACAUUAAAAGUAAUAUGAGUAAAUUGAUCUAUGAAUCACGGGGUGAUAGAGACUUGCACUGCACUGAAAGCCAGUCGGAGGCUUCUACAGAGGAGGGACAUGAUUCACUGUCAGUAGGAAGUUUUGAAGAAGACUCCAAGUCAGAAUUUAUCCUUGAUCCACCGAAACCUAAACCCCCUGCUUGGUUUAAUGGAAUUUUAACAUGGGAGGACUUUGAAUUAGUAAACCCACAUAGAGCCAGAUUUUUAAAAGAUAUUAAAGACCUUGCAGUUAAAAGACGUCAAAUUUUAAGUAAUAAAGGUCUUUCAGAAGACGAAAAGAACACAAAACUACAGGAAUUAAUGCUGAAGAACCCAUCAGGUUCCGGGCCUCCGCUUAGCAUAGAGGAUUUAGGUCUGAAUUUCCAGUUCUGCCCAUCGUCCAGAGUAUAUGGUUUUACAGCGGUGGAUCUCAAGCCAAAUGGUGAAGAUGAGAUGGUAACUAUUGAUAAUGCAGAGGAGUAUGUGGAGUUAAUGUUUGACUUCUGCAUGCAGACUGGCAUACAGAAACAGAUGGAUGCAUUUAAAGAUGGUUUCAAUCGAGUCUUCCCAAUGGAGAAGCAGUCCUUCAGCUAUGAGGAAGUUCAGAUGAUUCUUUGUGGAAAUCAGUCACCAUCUUGGGCAGCUGAGGAUAUCAUCAACUACACAGAACCUAAACUUGGCUACACACGAGAUAGUCCUGGCUUCCUUCGAUUUGUGAGAGUUUUGUGUGGCAUGUCUUCGGAUGAAAGAAAAGCAUUUCUCCAGUUCACUACUGGCUGUUCAACACUCCCACCAGGAGGACUGGCUAACCUACACCCCCGGCUCACUGUUGUGCGCAAGGUUGAUGCUACAGAUGCAAGUUAUCCAUCUGUGAAUACCUGUGUGCAUUACCUUAAGUUGCCUGAGUAUUCCUCUGAGGAGAUUAUGAGGGAGCGCCUGCUAGCUGCUACUAUGGAAAAAGGCUUUCAUCUCAAUUGAAUUGCUCUGUGCAACAUGGGACAUGAGAAACUGUUUAUGAUAUUAGUGAAGCCUCUUGUGUUUGUGUGCAGAAAAUAUGAUCUCCACGCUGUGCUCUGAUGAGACUUACCUUUUUUCCACCUGUGAGGCUUUAGGAACACGUGGAAAAAGUUUGUUAGCUGCUAAUGACAAAACAAAUCCCUGUAACUACACAGCCAGCAAGUAAAUGGCACAGAACACUGUGUGAUGCUUCAAGGGCUUGCACGACUGGAAAUUAAGGUGGUUCUCUUUGUUCCAAAGAGCAGAUCUUCAGAUUUUCAGUGUUCACGGAUAUAAAUUUCUAAGUGUAUUUGUGUAAAGUUUGUCAUUUAAUACCUUGUACACUACAGUUGCCAUCACUGAUCCCUGUUUUGCUGGCUUUAAACUAACUGGUCAAAAACUUGCUUCCUUAAAUCUUAGAGUUAAUGGGCAUCACAGCUUUUUCUUUCUUUCUUUCUUUUUUUAAUGGUGCCUGCACUAUUGGAGUAUUCUAGUGUUGUUUUUUCUUUUUCUUUUUUGGGGGAAGGGGGGUUGGUUUGUUUUUUGCAUAUAAUCAUGCACAACUUUUUUUUUCCUUUCAACUGGGAAUAUAUUUUGAUUUCUUAAAUGCCCUGCUAUAAAUAUCAAAUCCUUAAGUGUGUUUGUGCAUUCAACAAUAAAGCUAUUAAAAAA